CAAAUUUUAGACUACUUCAGAUCCAGCCGUAUUUUUAUUUAUUUUCCCAUUCUCAUUCGCACCACGUGGAGCUCAAUCGAGUCAAAGAUGCUGAGUCGGCGGCUGCUCGUGCUGCUCGCGGCGGCGGCGCUGGUGCUGAGCGUUGACGCCGUGGAUCGCAGCAAGUUCCGCACAUGCGAGAAGACCCAGUUCUGCAACAAGUUCCGCAACGUGCAGCGCCAGGAGCUGCCCAGCAAGUUCCAUGUGGAGCGUGCCAGUAUCCGGACCGACACGGACGCCAAUUUGGUGCGUUUCCUGGUGGAAGACGUGGCUCAGAAGGGCGGUGUCCCACUUGCAGGCUCCCUCGCCUUCGUGCUUAACGCGGAUAAGGCGGCGGUGCCGGCGCUGCGCGUGCGGCUGCAGGAGAAGUUCGAGGAUCCGAAGGACCCCAAGACACGCUGGACCAGUGCCGACAUUCUCGUGCCUGCAGCUGAAGAGACCCGCCCGCUACGCCAAUUGACGGCAAAGGAGGCGGGACUCAAGAUUCCAAUUAACGAGGAAAACGUGUUGCUGUUCGCCCCGGAGACAGAGGGGGCGACGAAGGUCGUGGCUGCCUUGAAGUUAGGCGAAGGAUCUUUUGGUGUGGACUUGUACCUGGACGGAGAGAAGGUGGUGUCCACCAAUGACGACGGUCUGUUCCACUACGAGAUCCGACAGGACCGCGUGGAUGCUGCGGCGCAGGCUGACGCUGCGGCGGACCAAGCGGCAGUGGAUGCUCAUGAGGGGAAAACCAUUGUGGACUAUGGAGAAGACGGUCUCGCUAUCUAUGAUGACGGUACAGUACAGAAGAAGGAGGAGCAAUCAGCCACUAGGACAACUACGGUUGACGCUGAUGGGAACGUGGAGGGAUGGGAGGAAUCCUUUGGAGGACACACGGACAAGAAGAAGUUCGGUCCCAGUUCAAUUGGACUCGAUGUAUCGUUCCACGGAUCAGUUGGAGCUCCACGCUCGCUGUACGGUAUUCCAGAGCACGCCUCGGAUUUCGUGCUCAAGGAUACCAUUGAACCGAGUGAUGAAGGGGAGGACAAGAGGAAGGUGGUGACCGACCCGUACCGGUUGUACAAUCUGGAUGUGUUCGAGUACGAGCUGGACAAUCCCAUGGCUCUGUAUGGCGCUAUCCCAGUGCUCGUGGCACCGAACAAGGAGAACACGGUCGGUAUGUUCUGGAACAAUCCCAGUGAGACGUUCGUGGACAUUUGGACCAACGAAGAGGCCAAUAGCAAGUCUAGUCACUGGCUCAGUGAGUCUGGUGUCUUCGAUCUGUUCUUGCUAGCGGGACCUAGCAGCGCUGAUCUGUUCUCCCAGUACACGCUGCUUACAGGUCGUGCGCAGCUUCCACCACUCUUUUCUUUGGGUUAUCACCAAUGCCGUUGGAACUACAAGAACGAAGCUGAUGUGGCGCGUGUUGAUGCUGGCUUUGACGAACAUCUGAUCCCUUAUGACGUGCUGUGGCUGGAUAUUGAACACACGGACGGAAAGCGUUACUUCACGUGGGACGAGCAUGCCUUUCCUACGCCCAAGGACAUGCAGGAGUCCGUGGCACAUACUGGCCGUAAGAUGGUGACUAUCGUCGACCCGCACAUCAAAGUGAGUCAGUCGAAGGAUAAGCAGCCGUACUACAUUCAUACUGAAGCAGAGGAGCUGGGACUCUUCAUUAAGGAUGAACAGGGCAACGACUUCAAGGGCUGGUGCUGGCCGGGCGAGUCCUCGUACGUCGACUUCACAUCUCCUAAGGCGCGCGCGUGGUGGCGUCACCAAUUCCGCUAUGAGAACUACCAGGGAAGCACCAAACACUUGUAUACUUGGAACGACAUGAACGAGCCGUCAGUCUUCAACGGUCCCGAGGUUUCUAUGCGCAAGGGAUGCAUGAGUCUUGCAGGCGUGGAGCACCGUGAAUGGCACAACCUGUACGGUAUCCUCUUCCAGCGCUCGACUAUGGAAGGUCAACUUGUUCGCCAGCAGCCUCCUCCUGAGCCUCUGUCGGCCUUUGCUGAGGAGCUACAGCUUACGUCAGAUAUGCAGCGUCCGUUUGUGCUCUCGCGCGCGUUCUCCGCAGGUUCGCAGCGUUACGGAGCGAUCUGGACGGGCGACAACACGGCUGAGUGGGGACAUCUGCGUUACGCCACCAAGAUGCUGCUGUCCAUGUCCGUUGCUGGACUUACGUUUGUGGGCGCUGAUGUGGGCGGAUUCUUUGGCAAUCCGUCCACGGAGCUGCUCACGCGAUGGAACCAGGCGGCUGCGUAUCAGCCGUUCUUCCGCGGCCACGCUCACCACGACUCGGCUCGUCGCGAGCCGUGGGUAUUCGGUGAGCCAACCACGUCGCGUAUCCGCGCUGCCAUUCGCGAGCGCUACUCGUUGCUGCCGUAUAUUUACACGCUCUUCCACACGUGUUAUGCGCGAGGUAUGCCCGUCAUGCGUCCGCUUUGGGCGCACUUUACACUGGAACCUCAGAGCUUCAGCGAGGAGGACCAGUAUCUGCUGGGCGACGCUCUACUAGUGAAACCGAUCGUCGAGGAGGGCGUGGAGGCCACACACGUGUUCCUUCCGUCCGAGAAUGCCGAAACUAAGACGGUGUGGUACCAGGCGACGGACGGAUACAAGCGUUUCUUCGGUGGCAAGACAUACGAGAACGUGCCGGCAACGCUGGACGCCAUCCCAGUGUUCCAUCGAGGCGGUACUAUCCUACCGCGUAAGCAGCGUGUUCGUCGCAGCUCGGAGUUGAUGCGUGACGAUCCGCUGACGCUGGUGGUGGCGCUGGACCAGCACUUUGAGGCUCGCGGCGACGUGUACGUGGACGACGAGCGUUCGCUGGCUGCUGAGCUGGAGGGUGAGGGCACGGUGGUGACGUUCCACCAGACGAAGGAGGGACUGCGGUCGACGGCGACUGCUGCUACACCGCAGGGCAAGCGUUACACGUCGCUCAUGUGGGUGGAGCGCAUCGAAGUGUACGGCUUCCAGUCCGAGGCCAACUUGCCCAAGCAGGUGCUGGUGGGCAGCGAGCGCGCCGUGGACUUCCAGUACGACGCCGCCAGUGACCGACUUGUGCUGCGUAAGCCGCAGGUGCUGGUCACGGACGACUGGGAGCUGCGCUUCGUAUACGACCAGGCGCUCGAGUAAUCGUAGAGGUGAAGAGUGCAGGCUGUUGAAGUUGUCAAAUCAGAUAAAGACCAUGCUAUGCCCCGUCGCCGACUGCAGUGUAACACGUUUCACUGUUGAUGCACGAGGUGAUGCAGCACAUAAAUCCAAAUUCACUAGAGUCUUGCCUGCACAGGUUGCUAGUACAUGUACUCUCUAUGGGGACGACAUAACUAUUCAUCACUACGUCUUCGAUUCGGAUCUAUCCAGCACCCAAGCUUUUUAUCUUCUUGGUCGGGCGGGUUAACUUGUGCUGGAGCAUUUGAGCACGGCGCAUGGAGCACCGGCAGGUACAAGUGUAAUGGUAUGAAAUCAACAGCC